AUACUCUUCUUUUUAUUUCUCCACAGUUCAAACCCUAACCAGUAACUACCUGCACUAUAAUUCUCACUUUCCCAUUUCAUCCGGUGGAAUCCAACGCCUGAACAUUGGCAAUUUACAAAACUAAAGCACACGGAAACGCUUGAACGCCGGAGAGGAUCAAACGGCGGGGACUCGUCGGUCUUUUUCACGACAGCGACAAAGGACGACCGACCAUCUGCUUAAUCAGCUUCAGAAAAGGUUUGCGCAAGAAGAAUAUUCACAAGAGAGAUGGAUCAUCCGGAAGAUGAAUGUCGCGUUGGGGGUGAACACCAUGGUAAACAGGACGACGAGGAAACUGCUGCUCGUCUAGAUGAAUUUAAAAAGUCAAUGGAAGCAAAAAUUGCUCUACGUCAGAGUAAUUUGAAUCCUGAAAGGCCUGACUCAGGUUUUCUUAGGACAUUAGAUUCUAGUAUCAAGCGCAAUACAGCAGUUAUUAAGAAGCUUAAGCAGAUAAAUGAAGAGCAGCGAGAAAGCAUGAUGGAUGAGUUGCGUAGUGUCAACCUAAGCAAAUUUGUUAGUGAAGCUGUCACUGCUAUCUGUGACGCAAAGCUUAGAACAUCAGACAUACAAGCAGCUGUGCAGAUUUGUUCCUUGCUUCAUCAGAGGUACAAGGAUUUCUCGCCUAGCCUGAUUCAGGGUCUCUUGAAAGUCUUCUUUCCUGGAAAAUCUGGGGAUGACUUGGAUGUGGAUAGGAGCUUGAAAGCCAUGAAAAAACGCAGCACUCUAAAACUUCUCAUGGAACUUUACUUUGUUGGAGUUAUAGAAGAUGCCAGCAUUUUCAUCAAUAUUAUUAAGGAUCUUACAAGCUUAGAGCACUUAAAGGACCGAGAUACAACUCAGAUGAAUUUAUCUCUUCUUCUUAGUUUUGCUCGACAAGGUAGAAUUUUCCUUGGGCUUCCUCAGUCAGGACAAGAAAUUCAUGAAGAGUUUUUUAAGGGUCUUAAUAUCACAGCAGACCAAAAGAAAAUAUUCAAGAAGGCAUUCUACACAUACUAUGAUGCUGCUGCGGAACUUCUUCAGUCUGAGCACACGUCUCUUCGUCAGAUGGAGAACGAAAAUUCAAAGAUCUUAAAUGCUAAAGGGGAGCUCAGUGAUGAAAAUGUGACUUCAUAUGAAAAGCUGAGAAAAUCUUAUGAUCAAUUAUUCCGUGGUGUCUCGUCUUUAGCAGAAGCACUGGAUAUGCAACCUCCUGUAAUGCCAGAGGAUAGUCACACAACUCGGGUAACAACUGGAGAGGAUGCAUCAUCUCCUGCUGCUGGAAAAGAAUCUUCAGUUCUUGAGCCAUUGUGGGAUGAUGAAGAUACGAGGGCCUUCUAUGAAUGCCUACCGGAUCUCAGAGCUUUUGUUCCUGCUGUAUUGCUGGGAGAAGCUGAGUCUAAGAUCGCUGAACAAUCUUCCAAGACACAAGAGCAACCAACUGACUCAACAUCUGAGGCUGACCAAGGUCAUGUGGCACAAGAUGGAGCAGAAGCUUGUGUAGAUUCUGGACCUUCGCAAGAUGGGAAAUCUGAUGAAAAAGUGAAGGGUAAAGAGGAAAGAGAUAAGGAAAAGACUAAAGAUUCAGAUAAAGACAAGGGAAAAGAAAAGGAUUCUGAAAGAAAAGGAGAAACUGAGAAGGAGAAAAUUAAAGGACUUGAAGGGACAAAUUUGGAUGCUCUAUUGCAGAGGCUUCCUGGUUGUGUGAGCCGUGACCUUAUAGAUCAGUUGACUGUGGAGUUCUGUUAUCUAAACUCAAAAUCUAAUCGAAAAAGACUUGUUCGUGCAUUAUUCAAUGUCCCCAGAACUUCUUUGGAAUUACUUCCAUAUUAUUCUCGGAUGGUGGCUACACUGUCGACAUGCAUGAAGGAUGUUUCUUCUAUGCUCCUCCAGAUGUUGGAUGAAGAGUUUAAUUUCCUGAUAAAUAAGAAGGAUCAAAUGAACAUAGAGACAAAGAUCAGGAACAUAAGGUUUGUUGGAGAACUAUGCAAGUUUAGAAUUGCACCAGGAGGCCUUGUAUUUGGUUGUUUGAAGGCAUGUUUAGAUGAUUUCACUCAUCACAACAUUGAUGUUGCUUGCAAUCUUCUUGAGACAUGUGGACGUUUUCUGUAUCGAUCUCCUGAGACAACAGUGCGCAUGGCAAAUAUGUUGGAGAUACUGAUGCGCUUGAAAAAUGUAAAAAAUUUAGAUCCUCGCCAUAGCACCCUCGUAGAAAAUGCUUAUUAUCUGUGCAAACCACCUGAACGAUCAGCUCGAGUUUCUAAAGUUCGUCCACCUUUGCAUCAGUAUAUCAGAAAACUACUUUUCACAGACCUUGAUAAGUCCACUAUUGAGCAUGUGCUGAGGCAGUUGCGCAAGCUUCCCUGGAGUGAAUGUGAAGACUAUCUUCUGAAAUGCUUUAUGAAGGUCCACAAGGGAAAGUAUAGUCAAGUUCACCUGAUUGCUUCACUUACUGCUGGUCUGAGUCGCUAUCAUGAUGAAUUUGCAGUGGCAGUUGUUGAUGAGGUUCUGGAGGAGAUCAGGUUGGGGUUGGAAUUAAAUGACUACGGGAUGCAGCAAAAGCGCAUAGCUCACAUGCGUUUCUUAGGAGAGCUAUACAACUAUGAACACAUAGAUUCAUCUGUUAUUUUUGAAACUCUUUAUUUGAUUCUUGUCUUUGGCCAUGGGACACCAGAGCAAGAUGUGCUCGAUCCACCAGAAGAUUGUUUCCGCAUCAGGAUGGUCAUUACGCUUCUGCAGACAUGUGGGCACUACUUUGACAGAGGUUCUUCCAAAAGGAAACUUGACAAAUUCUUGAUAUAUUUCCAAAGAUACAUUCUCAGCAAAGGUUCAAUACCUCUUGAUAUUGAGUUUGACCUUCAGGAUCUUUUUGCAGAUUUACGCCCAAACAUGACCCGAUAUUCAUCUAUUGAAGAAGUUAAUGCAGCUCUUGUAGAACUUGAGGAGCAUGAGCGUGCAGUCCCGACUGACAAGGCCAACAGUGAGAAGCACUCGGACACUGAGAAUCGGAAGGCACCGGGUCACACAGGCUCCAAUACCAUCUCAGAAAAUGGGCAAAGCCCUACAAAUGAAAUUGAAGAAAAUGGUAGAGGUCAUGUAGAUGCAGGAGACAGUGAGAGUGACUCAGGAAGUGACAGCAUUGACCGAGAGGGUCAUGAUGACGAAGAAGAGCUUUAUGAGGAUAAAUCAGAGGUUCAGGAUGAUGGAUGUGAUAGUGAUGAGGAUGAUGAUGAUGGUGGUGCACCAGGUGCUUCUGAUGAAGAUGAUGAAGUCCAAGUCAGACAGAAAAUGGUUGCAGUUGAUCCACAGGAAGAAGCUGACUUUGAUCGGGAACUUAGGUCUAUAAUGCAGGAGAGCUUGGAGUCACGCAAACUGGAGAUACGUGCCAGGCCAACCUUGAAUAUGAUGAUACCCAUGAAUGUGUUUGAGGGGUCUACUAGGGAUCAUCAUGGAAGAAGUGUCGAGGGGGAGAGUGGGGAUGAGACAAUGGAUGAAGAGGGUGGUGGAGGGAACAAUAAGGAUAUACUUGUAAAAGUGCUUGUGAAACGAGGGAACAAGCAACAAACAAAGCAGAUGUUCAUUCCCAAGGGUUGCUCACUGGUGCAGAGUACGAAACAGAAGGAGGCGGCAGAGCUUGAAGAGAAACAGGACAUCAAGAGGUUGAUAUUAGAGUAUAAUGACAGGGAAGAGGAGGAGCUUAAUGGUGUGGGGUCCCAGACGAUGAAUUGGAUGCAGACAGGGGGAAGCAGGACUUCCACCCGUGGCGGCACAUCUGAUGGAACUGGUGGAAGGUCAGCUGGAGUGCGGCAGCGGCAGCAUUACCAUUCAGGAGGUGGAGGCCUAUAUUAUGGCAGAAGAAAGUGAACUACUUGAGGUUUACCAAAUUGGUAAGGUCAAAUUUGAUAUUUGCCAUUUGGAAGAAACCCCCCACCCUCAGUAGAUUUGUGUUUUUCACCCUACAUGAUGAUGGUAGUAUUUUUCCUUUUUCUUUGGGUGAGGGCUUUUGUACUAGCAGAGGAAGUUCUUUGACAGUUUCAGUGAGUGAAAUUUGAAUGGGGGGGGUUAGUGUGUAUGAUUCUUCUAACCCACACCGACUCUAAGGAGACUUUUUGUAUUAUCUUUCGUGUAUAUACAUGUAUAUGCAAGUUUGUUAAGGAUGUUACUAUUCAGUCAUCAUUCAAGUUGUAAAAGUUUUUGGUACGCGCCCAAUGUAGUGCCAUUUCACCUGUACCCCAUGUAUCGGCCAAUGCAUGCAUUGUAUAUUUGUAUACAAUACGAUAUUGAAUCCCUAUUUAAUGCU